CGACAUUCCAGCGAUGGCGGCGAUGUGAAGUUUGCCGACACUGUUCUGAGACUUUUUAUAAACACAUGUUAAAACAGCAGAAGGAAAAGUUUUAACAAUGUUUGUGUACCUAAGUAAAAAGAUUGCCAUCCCCAAUAACACCAAACUUCGGUGUGUAUCAUGGAACAGGGACCAGGGAUACAUUGCAUGUGGAGGAGAGGAGGGGCUCCUCAAAGUUCUCAAAUUGGAAAUACAAACAGGAAAAGAUGUGAAGGUGAAGGGUCUUGCAGCCCCAAGUAACCUGUCCAUGAACCAGACACUGGAGGGGCAUAGUGGUGCAGUACAGGUGGUCACUUGGAAUGAACACUACCAGAAACUGACCACGAGUGACCAGUACGGCCUCAUCAUUGUCUGGAUGUUGUAUAAAGGCUCUUGGUACGAGGAGAUGAUCAACAACAGAAACAAGUCUGUAGUGAGAAGUAUGGGUUGGAAUGCUGAUGGACAGAAAAUCUGUAUUGUCUACCAAGACGGGGCUGUGAUUGUUGGAUCUGUUGAUGGUAACAGGAUUUGGGGCAAGGAACUGAGGGGCCAGGAGCUUAACCAUGUUGAGUGGUCGCCAGAUGGAAAGUUUAUCCUGUUCGGAAUGGCCAAUGGGGAAGUUCAUGUUUACGACAACACCGGUAACUUCAUCUCUAAGGUCCAAAUCUACUGUCUGUCGGGAGUAAACGGAGCAAUCCACAUCGCUGGUCUCCAGUGGUACAAUGGUAACCAUGGAUACAUUGAGCCUAACUGUCCAUCGCUGGCUAUCUGCUUUGACACUGGACGUUGUCAGAUCAUGCGAUCGGAGACUGAUGAAAGCCCCGUCCUGAUAGACACAGGGAUGACAGUCGCCAAGAUUGCCUGGAACCAUACCGGUGCUGUCAUGGCAGUGGCUGGAUCACAGAGGACAGUCGGCCAAGACAAAGACAUUAAUGUCGUACAGUUUUACUCACCGUUUGGUGAGCAUCUACGUACCCUGAAGGUUCCAGGGAAAACCAUGUAUUCAUGUUCCUGGGAGGGAGGCAGUUUGAGGAUCGCUCUGGCAGUUGACAGCUUUAUUUACUUUGCCAACAUCCGACCUGACUACAAGUGGGGCUACUGUUCCAACACGGUGGUUUACUCGUUCAGUAAACCUGAGCGGAUUGAACAUUGCGUCAUCUUCUGGGACACAAAGAAUGGAGAGAAAUAUGUGAAGUAUGUGAGGAAUCUCAUUGCUAUCACUGCAUGUGGAGACUACUGUUGCCUAGCAACGAAGGCUGACGAGGUUGUUGGACAGUAUGUCUUGGUGCUGUGUAACUCUAUCGGAACUCCUCUUGACUCUAAGUAUGUUGAGAUCGACCCUGUCUACCUUAACAUGACAAAGACACACAUAGUCGCAGCAUCCAAGGAAGCCAUCUACACUUGGCAGUUUAAAAAUCCAAAAAAGCUUUCUACACUAGAGGUCGCCGGUAGAAGACGAACAGGAACAGAAAGACUCUACCAUAUUGAUGACCAACCGACGGGAUCAGCUGCACAAGAGGAAGUGGACUUCAGCAAGGCCUACAAUAAAUAUUUUGUUCACACUAUUCCUCCGAGACAAACACACGACAAUAAGAGGCCGCCUUCAACAGACGACCCUAUAUGUGCAGUCUGUGCUUCAGACAAAACUCUGAUAGUGGGUCGAGAAUCAGGAACUGUGAAUAGGUACUCCAUGCCUAUGUUAUCACUGACUCACAAAUAUGCCCUCAAUUACCGUCCGCAUCAAUUCGCCCUCAACUGUACAUCUAGUCGCCUGGCCAUCAUUGACAUCAGCGGAGUGUUGACCUUCUUUGACCUUGACACAAGAAUAACUGAUACGGAUGGAAAGGAAAGCAUCGGGGAGCAACUCAAGUUUGAACGCAAAGAUGUAUGGGACAUGAAGUGGGCCGAGGACAAUCCAGAGUUGUUUGCUAUGAUGGAGAAGACAAGAAUGUACAUCUUCAGAAAUCUCGACCCUGAGGAACCAAUCCUGAGCAGUGGUUACAUCUGUCAGUUUAAUGACCUAACUAUCAAGUCUGUACUACUGGACGAGAUCAUGAAGGACCCUGAGAAUCCCACCAAGGACAGUAUGGCCGAGAUGGAGAUCAAGUCUCUGAGAGACACUAGGGACCUGUUGGAGAAAGUUGGGAUCGCUGACGCUCAGCAGUUCAUCGAGGACAACCCACACCCUAGAUUAUGGAGAUUACUGGCAGAGUCAGCACUGGAACAGUUAAACCUCAAAGUGGCAGAGACGGCGUUUGUCCGUUGUCGUGAUUAUCAAGGAAUAGAGUUUGUGAAGCGAUUAGGAAAUCUCCAGAAUGAGAAUAUGAAGCAAGCCGAAGUAGCAGCAUAUUUCCGACGGUUUGAGGAGGCAGAAAGGAAGUAUCUGGACAUGGACAGGAGAGAUCUCGCUGUGAGUCUGAGGAAGAAGCUUGGGGACUGGUUCCGUGUGGUCCAGCUGCUGAAGACAGGAUCCGGCGGAGAUGACGUACAGCUAGAGGAGGCAUGGAACGCUAUCGGAGACUACUAUGCCGACCGUCAGAAAUGGCAGCAGGCGGUGACGUACUACGUACAGGGGCGUAACCAGGAACGUCUAGCCGAGUGCUACUACAUGUUGGAGGAUUACGCAGGGCUGGAAAAGAUGGUCCAGGCUUUACCGGAGAAUCACAAGUUACUUCCGGACAUUGCGGCCAUGUUUGUUACCGUGGGAAUGUGUGAACAGGCAGUCAGUGCCUAUUCUAAGUGUAACCACAUAAAGAAAGCCAUCGACUGCUGUGUUCAUUUGAACCAAUGGAACAUGGCCAUAGAACUGGCAAAAUCUAACAAUGUCCGUGAAAUCGACUCUCUACUAGCCAAGUAUGCCCAACAUCUGCUGGAGAAAAACAAAACUGUCAACGCGAUUGAACUGUACAGAAAGGCUGGGCAUUACCUAGAGGCUGCUAAACUGCUAUUUAAGAUGGCACAGGAGCAAGCAAAGAAGCGAGAAAAACCACUCCAUAUCAAGAAAAUGUUUGUAUUGGGUGGCCUCCUUAUAGAACAGUAUCACGAACAGAUGAAGAUGACCUCAAGGGCAAAGGUCAAGGACAAGAAAGGAGCCAUGGCUGCAUCUGCGUUGGCUGGCUUUCUAGAGGAGGACACGACUGCCGUCACAGACAGUAAACUGAUAGACAAUGCCUGGAGAGGGGCGGAGGCCUAUCACUUCUAUAUCCUGGCCCAGAGACAGCUGUUGGAAGGGUAUGUGGAUGCUGCAAUGAGAACAACGCUGUUCCUUCGAGAGUAUGAUGACAUCAUUGACGCGGUUGACAUCUAUGCUUUACUGGCUCUGACAUCGAGUGCUAACAAGGCGUUUGGAACAUGUUCAAAAGCAUUUAUCAAGCUAGAAACACUGGACACAUUAUCUCCAGACCAGCGUCAGGCGUACGAGGAACUGGCCCUGGAAAUAUUUACAAAGAAAAGCCCAAAAGACAGUCGGACUAAUAAAGUGGAGUGUACUAGCUGUGCUACAAGCAUUCCUGACUGGUCGACCGUUUGUCCUAACUGUGACACCAAGUUCCCCACCUGUAUAGUGACGGGGCGGCCAUUGAUGGAGUAUCAGUUCUGGAUGUGUAGCGCGUGUAAACAUCGUGCCUAUGAGUCGGAGAUCACAAGCAGACAGACGUGUCCGCUGUGUCAUACGUCUGUUUAACAACGCUCAAACAUAGUCCUUAAUACAUGAUUAUCAAAUUAAAUUGACUCUCUUAUUUUAAUGAAUUGAUAAAGGUUUCCAUAGUAGAAUCCUAAUGUCCAUCAUUAACAGACAACUGUGACUGGCACUAGUAAGUGUAGUAAGAUGUGAUGAUUUUAUUUUCUCUGCUUAUUGGUAAAUUGACAAAGGUUUCCGUGGUGAUGUUACUACAGUACUAGACAACAUCCAUUAAACUGUGUUGUUCAGGUGCACGAUCGGAAGGGUGGGAGUUUAGCUGGAGUAUUCGUUCAUGAUCUUGAGUAUUUAUUGGCCAAUAGUAAAAUUAUCAUGACAGCACAGACUUGUUUGAUAAACUGUUAGUGGUAAUAUGAAUCAUUUCCUUCAGAUCUUAGAUAUGUGUUUAAAAACCUUGGUAUAUCACAACCAGUAUUGGAUUGUUGGGUGUGACAUUUCUGUGACUACACUCCGUCACCCUCGUCAGAUAAAUGAUCAGUGAAGUGUAUUCAAACAGAUUGUUAUCAAAUUGCCAGCCUCAGUUUCAUCAAUAAUCCUUAACUUUAGGAAAAUCCUUUAUUAAAAUUUUCCAUAGGAAGGUAUUACAGAAUUAAGAAUUAAGAUUUUUACCUCAAAACCAAUAAUGCUUUCAUAAAGAAAUGAUGUUAUAGAAACACUGAUCAAACCUGGGCGAGGUCCUUCCGUCUACAUUUAUACUCUUCUGUACACCGAGCUGGUUAAUCACGUUCAAUCUGUGUAGAAGGUUUUUGACUUCAUUACUGGUAUUAAUGUUAUGUAUUCAGUAUGGGAAUGAUGUUACAAUUUACUCCUCUCAAUCCAUCUCUGUUCACUUUGUUAUACAUAUCAUUGAUAAUUGCUAUACAUGUAUAUGGUAUGUGAUUACUUGUCUGAAUGGUUGUGUGGUGUACUGCAAGGGACUUGUUUCUGUCGAGUUAUGGCCCUUGACUUAUCUGUUUUCAGAGUUAUGGCCCUUGACAUAUCUGAUGUUUUCAGAGUUAUGGCCCUUGACAUAUCUGAUGUUUUCAGAGUUAUGGUCCUUGACAUUUCUGAUGUUUUCAGAGUUAUGGCCCUUGACAUAUCUGAUGUUUUCAGAGUUAUGGCCCUUGACAUAUCUGAUGUUUUCAGAGUUAUAGCCUUUGACUUAUCUGUUGUUAUCAAGAGUUUAAGAACUAAUACACUGCCUUAUUACAAAUGAAUAAGUUGCUAUACAAUUGAGGUAUAUGAUUUUUCUAAUUUCAGAUUUGAGUUUGAUUUGUUACUGGAAUUCAUUCAGUGUAAGAGUACUAUUGAAAUACAUUAUUGUAAUAGAAAGGACAUACUCAUUUUAUUUAUUUUUCAUUUUUUUUUUUCAUUUUUUAUUUAUAACUAUUUUGAAAUUGCCUCUGAUCACUUAAAUAUUUUUGAAAUAUUAUAGAAUUUAAUUUAUUUAAGCAUAUCUUAAAUCUUUUAUUAUAACUAUGAAACCAAACUAGUUAUAUUUCUUAUAAGUUCUAUAAGUUUCUUCACUUUUAAGAUAUAUUUUACAUAUGAAGUAACAGUUGUAUCCAGGUUGUAGAUACAGGAGGGUGUGCCACUUUAUGUAUGUAUGUAAUUUACAAUUCCUGAACUCAAAUUACAUCAUAUUCCUACCUACUAGAUCCGUCCAAUUUAUAUGUAAAUCUCUAAACAUUCCUAUUGUGAUAGUUAUAUUAAACAUGAUUUUCUUUUUUUUUGGGGGGAUGGAGGGGGGAUUUAAAUGGAAGACAGUUGUGUAUGUGGUGUUUUCAAGUGCUUUCUCUGGUAUUUACUGUAUUUACAAGUAUUUAUUAUCACAAAUAUAUCAUGAUGAUUGAACACUCUCAUCACAAAGAUUUGAUUCUAUGAUGGGAGCAUGAACACAUACAUUUGCGAAAUCUAUGAAUUGUCUAUUUAAUGUGAAAUUGUGAAAAUCAAUCUGACACCGAAAUGUUUUCCGAUCCACUCUGUUUUAAGUAGGAAAAAGAAAUCUUUGAGAAGUUCUGUGAUAGAACUUCAUCUCAAAUAAAACUUUUUAUGAAUGAC